ACUCCAAAUUCCUAUAAAUAUAUUUCUCAUUCUCAUUCUUAUCUUACAUUACAUUUUUACGUUACAUACUUUACUACAUUACAGCACCACCAUUUAUCUAUCUAUCUAUCUAUAUAUUCCAUUGCAUUUCAUUUCCAUUUACCAUUCAUUCUUCUUUUGAUUUAUUCAGCCGAUAUGAAACUUGAAGAGAGUGAAAGUUACGGUUGGCCGAGGCUUGGCAUGUUCAAAUGACCUAUACUGGUUGAUACUCAACAAGACAUUUUCACAUUGUUUGGUUGAUUGAUUGGUUGCAGAAAAAUAUUCACUACUUCUUGAUUUAUUGUGUGUAAUUGCUGGUUAAAAAAUGCCUGGUUUUGUGGCUGUCAAGAAGAGAUUUUCAGAGAAGAAUAUGUGUUUUUCCAAUAUGGUGAAUCAAGAGAAGCCAUCUCUUUUGAAAGGUGGUCAUAGUGUGAGGUCUGAGGCUGUACAUGAUGUUGUUGAUGAUGACAGCCUUAUUCUUUCUGGGCUCCCUGAUGAUAUUUCAAAGCAUUGCCUUGCACUCGUGCCUCGUUCUAACUUCCUAGCUAUGGGCGGCGUCUGUAAGAGAUGGAAAUGCUUUAUUCAAAGCAAGGAAUUCAUAACCGUGCGAAAGUUGGCUGGGCUGCUUGAGGAAUGGCUUUACAUCUUAACAGCUGAUAGUGAAGGAAAAGGAAGUCAUUGGGAGGUUAUGGAUUCAUUUGGUCAUAACCGUCGAUCUCUUCCACCAAUGCCUGGUCCAAGGAAGGCUGGGUUUGGGGUUGUGGUUCUUAACGGAAAGCUUCUUGUUAUGGCUGGCUAUUCAUCAACUGAUGGAACUGUUUCUGUUUCAGCAGAGGUUUACCAAUAUAAUUCUAACCUCGACAGUUGGACCCGAUUGUCAAACAUGAAUGUGGCUCGGUACGACUUUGCUUGUGCAGAAGUCAAUGGCUUGGUUUAUGCUGUUGGAGGAUAUGGAGCAGAAGGUGACAGUCUCUCCAGCGCUGAGGUUUAUGAUCCGGAUACUGACAAGUGGACAGUGAUUGAGAGCCUACGUCGUCCAAGAUGGGGUUGCUUUGCCUGUGGAUUAGAGGGGAAGCUCUAUGUGAUGGGUGGAAGGUCAAGCUUCACGAUUGGAAAUUCUAAGUUUGUUGAUAUUUACGACCCUGAGAAUCAUAGUUGGUGUGAGAUGAAAAAUGGGUGUGUUAUGGUAACUGCUCAUGCAGUACUAGAAAAGAAGUUGUUCUGUAUGGAGUGGAAGAAUCAACGGAAGUUAUCGAUAUUCAAUCCAGAUGAUAAUUCAUGGAAAACGGUACCAGUACCUCUGACAGGGAGUUCGAGUGUUGGUUUUAGAUUUGGGAUACUGAAUGGUAAGCUUUUGCUGUUUUCACUGAAGGAAGAUCCUACAUAUAGGACUUUGUUGUAUGAUCCAAAUGCAGAGCCGGGGUGUGAGUGGGGAACUACUGAUAUAAAACCAUCUGGUUUGUGCUUGUGCAGUGUAACUAUCAAGGCCUGAAAGGGUUUACUGCAUCUGAACUGAAGACCUUGAUAGAGUUGGCAAUGGAGUUACAGUUCUAUGUUGUUUUAAUAUGAUUGUAGUGUACAGGGUUAUGAAAAAAGUUUGCGACCACAAUUUUGGCUGCAGCAUUAAUUUUUUUUUUUUUUUUUUUUUUUUUUAUGUCUAUCUAAUUGCAAUGUGAUUGAAAUGAUCAAAUCAGUUGUAUUUGACUGAUUUAUAAAAGUUAGAUAAUGAUGACUGUUGUUUCCCUGGAA